ACACACACACAUGUGCUCUUCUACACAGGACUGAAGUGUGGAAUUCGCAUGGUCAACAUGAAAAGUAAGGAACCUGCCGUGGGAUCUAGAUUCUUCUCUAGAAUUAGUAGUUGGAGAAAUUCAUCAGUGGCUGGACAUCCGUGGCAGGUCUCCCUAAAAUCACAUGAGCACCACUUCUGCGGAGGAAGCUUGAUUCAAGGAGAUCGUGUUGUUACAGCAGCACACUGCCUGGACAGCCUCAGUGAGAAGCAACUGAAGAACAUAAUUGUGACUUCUGGGGAGUACAGCCUCUCUCAGAAGGAUGAGCAGGAACAGAAUAUUCCUGUCUCAAAAAUUAUUACCCAUCCUGAAUACAACAGCCAUGAAUAUAUGAGUCCUGAUAUUGCACUGCUGUAUCUAAAACACAAAGUUAAGUUUGGAACUGCUGUUCAGCCAAUCUGUCUUCCUGACAGUGAUGAUAAAGUUGAAUCAGGAGUUAUUUGCUUGUCCAGUGGAUGGGGCAAGAUUUCCAAGACAUCAGAAUAUUCAAAUGUCCUACAAGAAAUAGAACUUCCCAUCAUGGAUGACAGAGCGUGUAAUAUUGUGCUUAAGAGCAUGAACCUCCCUCCCCUGGGAAGGACCAUGCUGUGUGCCGGCUUCCCUGAUGGGGCAGUGAACGCCUGCCAGAGGGACUCUGGAGGACCACUGGUUUGUAGAAGAGGUGGUGGAAUCUGGAUUCUUGCUGGGAUAACUUCCUGGGUAGUCGGUUGUGCUGGAGAUUCAGCUCCUCUAAGAAAUAACCAUAUGAAGGCAUCACUUGUCAUUUUCUCCAAAGUGUCUGAGUUGAUGGAUUUUAUCACUCAGAACCUGUUCACAGGUUUGGAUCAGGGCCAACCCAUCUCAAAAGUGGGUCCGAGGUAUAUAACAAAGGCCCUGAGUUCUGUCCAAGAAGUGAACGGAAGCCAGAGAGGAGAGGAUUGUAAACCUCAGGGGACAGUGUUAUUUGGAGAAAAUGGGAAGAUUCGUUACCCCCAUUCCAAAGGAGACUACUAUUGUCAUAAUUGCUUAUAUGUUUGGAAAAUAAUGGUACCAAAGGAUAAAAUAAUCCUGAUAAAAUUUACAAGUUUAGACAUGGAAAAGCAAGUUGGAUGUGAUCAUGACUAUGUAUCUUUACAAUCAAGCAAUGGAGUGCUUAUUAGUAAGGUCUGUGGAAAUAUAUUGCCCUCACCAUUGCUGACAGAGACCGGUGAGACCAUGGUUCCAUUUGUUUCUGAUACAGAAGACGGUGGCUAUGGCUUUGAGCUUACCUUUACUGCCAUACAGAACUCAGAAGCAGGGUCAGGUUGUGGAAGUGUGGCUAUAUUGGUAGAAGGGACAAAUCACUCUGCCAAGUAUCCUGAUUUGUAUUCCAGUAACGUAAGGUGUCAUCGGUUCAUUCGUGCUCCAGAGAAACACGUUAUAAAGUUGACAUUUGAGGACUUUACUGUCAAACUUAGUCCAAACUGUAUUUAUGAUGCUGUUGUGAUUUAUGGUCAUUCUGAAGAAAAGCACAAGUUCGCUAAACUUUGUGGAAUGUUGACCAUCACUUCAAUAUUCAGUACUAGUAACAUGAUGGUGAUUUACUUUAAAAGUGAUGGUAAAAAUCAUUUGCAAGGCUUCAAGGCUAGAUUUACCAUUUUGCCCUCAGAGUCUUUAAACAAAAUUGAACCAACGUUACCUCCCCAAAACAAUUCUGUAUCUACUAUAAAAGCUAUUCUGCAUGAUGUCUGUGGCAUCCCUCCAUUUAGUCCCCAGUGGCUUUCCAGAAGAAUCGCAGGAGGGGAAGAAGCCUGCCCCCACUGUUGGCCAUGGCAGGUGGGUCUGAGGUUUCUAGGCGAUUACCAAUGUGGAGGUGCCAUCAUCAACCCAAUGUGGAUUCUGACCGCAGCCCACUGUGUGCAAUCGAAGAAUAAUCCACUCUCCUGGACCAUUAUUGCUGGGGACCAUGACAGAAACCUGAAGGAAUCAACAGAGCAGGUGAGAAGGGCCAAACACAUAAUGGCGCAUGAGGACUUUAACACACUUAGUUAUGACUCUGACAUUGCCCUAAUACAACUAAGCUCUCCUCUGGAGUACAGCUCGGCAGUGAGGCCGGUAUGUCUCCCACACAGCACAGAGCCUCCGUUUUCCUCAGAGAUCUGUGCUGUGACCGGAUGGGGAAGCAUCAGUGGAGAUGGUGGCUUAGCAAGUCGCCUACAGCAGAUUCAAGUGCAUGUGUUAGAAAGAGAGGUCUGUGAACACACUUACUAUUCGGCCCAUCCAGGAGGGAUCACAGAGAAGAUGAUCUGUGCUGGCUUUGCAGCAUCUGGAGAGAAAGAUUUCUGUCAGGGAGACUCUGGUGGGCCACUAGUAUGUAGACAUGAAAAUGGUCCCUUUGUCCUCUAUGGCAUUGUCAGCUGGGGAGCUGGCUGUGUCCAGCCAUGGAAGCCGGGUAUAUUUGCCAGAGUGAUGGUCUUCUUGGACUGGAUCCAAUCAAAAAUCAAUGGUCCUGCUUCACUUCAGACAAAUGAUACAUGCAAAACCUUAAAACAACAAUUGCUACCACCCACACCUUCGCCAGGCAGUGCAUCUUGGACAGGCUGUUGCUCUGAAGCAGAGCUAGAAAAGCCCAGAGGCUUUUAUCCCACUCCACGAUAUCCACUGGAUUAUAGAGGAAGACUGGAAUGUUCUUGGGUGCUCAGAGUUUCACCAAGCAGUAUGGCAAAAUUUACUGUUGAGUAUCUGUCACUCCUGGGGUCUCCUGUGUGUGAAGACUCAGUUCUAAUUAUUUAUGAAGAAAGACACAGUAAGAGGAAGAUGGCAGGUGGAUUACAUGGGAGAAGACUUUACUCAAUGACUUUCAUGAGUCCUGGACCACUGGUGAGGGUGACAUUCCAGUCCUUUGUUCAAGGUGCAUUUGGCAUAAGCUAUAUAGUCUUGAAAGUCCUAGGUCCAAAGGACAGUAAAAUAACCAGACUUUCCCAAAGUUCAAACAGAGAGCACUUGGUCCCUUGUGAGGAUAUUCUUCUGAUCAAGCCAGAAGGGAUCAUGCAGAUCCCAAGAAAUUCUCACAGAACUACUAUGAGUUGCCAAUGGAGGUUAGUAGCCCCUUUAAAUCACAUCAUUCAGCUUAAUAUUAUCAACUUCCCGAUGAAGCCAACAACUUUGGUCUGUCAUGGUCAUCUGCAUGUUUACAAAGGAUUUGGACCAGGAAAAAAAUUAAUAGGAGACUGUUGAUGAGCACCGAGCUUUCUUGGUUCCUAAGCCAAUUCAGCACUAAGAAGACCACAGCUUCUUGUGGGGAGACUGUAGUAUCCAUGAAAAUGAUGUAUACUUCUACCAUUCUUGCCUUACAGAACACCUGUUACCAUUCACUGCCUCAUGAGGUUGUUUUGAGAAUUAAAUAAGAGAAGACAUGUUAAUCAAUACUAAGAAACCAAACUUGUGUUUUGUUUAGAUUAGAAAUAUUUAUUCUGAUUCCUGUUCUUAAAAUUGUGCUGCUUGGAGGAAAAGUUUAGAUUGUCUCCCUAUUGCCUCUUCUAUGGGUGACAGGGCAAAAACAGAUUGGAAAAACAAAGAAAUAAAGAAGGGGACAGGGAAGGAAGAGUACAUUAGCAAUGUCAGUUAUCACUUGCAAUGUUAAUCAACUAU